GGCUAGGCAUAAAUAGAAAGUUCUAUGCUCGGCUAAGAGACAAAAAAAGCCACGGAGCCGCAUACUAGCAAACUGAAUUUCUUUCUCUUUACGUCUUAAGUGUUGAGUAGAGAGUUUUGUAUUCACAUACCCAACCAGUGUAAUGAACAGCAUAUCGUCGCGAAGUCCCUCCCGAAUUAGGAGCCUCGAACUCACAGUAGAAAGGAAACUUGGGGAAUCGAAAAGGCUGGUACCACCCUCUGCGCCUGAUUGGUAUCGCUCCACGAAACCCUCGAAAAGUCUCGAAUCAGACAGCGUGCCGCUUUCUCAAUCUGAACGGAAACCGUUCUUACGGCAGAGUUUAUUUCGGUGGAAGUGGGAAAUUCUGGGGAUGCUCCUUAGCCUGGCGUCUCUUACGGCGUUGAUCAUUUUGUUAGCAGUCCAGGAUGGUCGAAGAAUGGAUUCUUGGACAACCCUUUUUACCUUGAACACCUUCGUGUCUGUGUUAGCCCAAACCUCACGUACUUCACUGGCCUUCGGUGUUGGUUCGAGCCUCGGACAAGCUAAGUGGAAUCUUUUCAAUAGGCGGCCUGGGAACUUAGUACAGUUUGAAGCCUUCGACGAAGCCAGCAAGGGACUAUGGGGAAGCUUGAGUCUUAUGUACCGUUUGCAUUCGAGGUGAGUCCAUAAGCCCUUCACGCCCCAACCCUUUGUUCCUAGACAUACAUCCAUGCAUACCUCAUUUCCAAGUCUGUUCAGAAUUCGAAUAACCAAUUUUACGACGAAGGAAUCCAGCCAUGAUAGGCGCCGUGGUGAUUACGGCACUCCUUAGUUAUGAGCCGUUCUUCCAAGCCACCAUUACCCAAUAUGGCGAACUGCAUAAGGAAAAUUCGAGCUUAG